AUGGCUGAGACUGACUCCUUUCUGCACCUCGCGCGGCCCUUGGGCCCUGUGACGGUGGGGUCUGCACCAACCACUGCCCCUCUGAAUGUGGUUAUCCAGCCUCAGGCUAUUUUCUCUAUCCUCGACCACUCUCUCCGCCGAAAUGCUGACCAAGAUCGAGUCAUCGGAACGCUGUUGGGUACCAGAAGUGAAGAUGGAACCGAAGUCGAAAUCCGAAGUUGUUUCGCUGUCGGACAUACCGAGACAACAGACCAGGUCGAGGUUGAUAUGGAGUAUCAAAAGCAAAUGUUAGCCCUGCACCUGAGAGCAAACCCCAAGGAGGUUCUUGUCGGGUGGUACGCCACCUCGUCUGAACUCAACACCUUCUCGGCUUUGAUUCAAAACUUUUAUGGCGGCCAAGGUGAUGGAACAUGGCCACACCCGGCUGUUCACCUUACUGUCUCAACUGAGCCUGGCAAGGAUAUCGAAACCCGCGCUUAUAUUUCCGCUCCUGUCGGCGUCACCGCAGAGCGCGCUGCCGACAGCGCCGCCUUCAUUCCUGUCCCUUAUGAAAUCCGGUAUAGCGAGGCUGAAAAAAACGGUUUGGAGGCUAUCGCCAAUGCUCGCGACUCAGAUGACCGAACCGCUAGUAUCUUCACAGAUGUCGAGGCUUUGGAGCGUGCUGUUGAAGAGGUGAUUGGCAUGAUUGAUCGAGUCUCGAAGUAUGUCGAGGCUGUUAUUGAUGAGGAGGCCCCCGCAUCAACUGCACUUGGCCAGUUCCUUCUGAACGCACUUGCUCUGGCUCCCAAGGUCGAACCAGCUGAUAUUGAACGCGACUUCAACAACCACAUCCAGGACGUUCUCGUUGUUUCCUACCUCGCAAACACCAUCCGCACACAAAUGGAACUCUCAAACAGACUAGCCACUGCCCAACUUACACUUGGCGGGGGAGAGUCUUCGAACAAUGCCGGCGAGUCAGGCAACCAACGAGGAGGUCAGCGAGGCGGCAGAGGUGGCCGAGGAGGCCGUGAGGGUCAGCAACAGCGCAACCAAGAACGCAAUGCUGAGGAAGCUCGUGCAUAA